UGUGAUUCGCUGUAUCUCUCAGCCUGCUCUCCUACAAUUCAACAAGCAACAAAUGCAAGAGAGAGAGGAAGAGUCCGUCAGAAAGUAUUAGAAAAGACAGAAAAAAAAUAGAUUGUUGUUGAAAAAUUACAAUACAGCAUAAUAAACAGCCAUAGAUAAAACGGGGAACCAUUCCAACGCACUUUUAUUUUGUUUUGCUAGCUAGAUACGGUAGCUCCUUCCACGAUAUGCUUGUGACUGCUAAGCUAAGUAGCUAGCUCAGUUCUAUCUUCUAAAAUACAUUUUCAAAUUUAGGUAAAAACCCAAUUCAAGUGUACAUUACCACGAAUGCAGAUGGUAAUCUAACGAAGGGAUGAGUGCUGUGCAGUGUAUAUGACCAACUGUCUCCAGCCUGAUGGGAGGACUCUGUGGAUAGCAGCAUCUUCAUCAGGACCCCAGGAGGAGAGCAGCCAUCCCGUCCCAGUCUCAUGUCCCACACCCCUUCCCUGCCAAGGAGGGCCGUUCAGAAUGAAGAAAAUCAGCCUUAAGACCAUCUGCAAGUCCCUCAACAUCAACAAGGGCAAGGAAGAAGGAGGGGGGGAUUUUGUCAUGCUCCAGCAGCCCUCGCCAGCGGUCGACUUCUCCAAGGAAGACUCUCUUUUCGGGGGCUGCUACACCAAAGAGCUGGCGGGCUGCGACCUUGGAGGUGGUGGUGGAGGAGUUGAAGAAGAGGAGAAGGCUGGACACAACAAGGGCCGUUCUAAGAGCGAGAGUCUGAUGGGUUCUCUGAAGAGGAGGCUGUCGGCCAAGCAGAAGGCCAAAGUCAAAGGGGGCUCCUCAGCCAUGGGGUCAGUUGACGAUGACGAUACCUUCUCCUCCUCCUCUGUGCCCAUCAGCUUCAACGAGGUCAAGGCCCAUCGGCCGUUACGAUCGGCAUCCCUCCGCAGCCACCAUUACAGCCCCUCUCCCUGGCCCCUGCGGCCUGUGAACUCAGACGAAGCCUGCAUCAAGAUGGAGGUGAAAGUUAAAGCCAUGGUCCACUCUCCGAGCCCCAGCCCCAACUUGAAUGGUGUGCGGAAGGAUUUCCACCACCAGGACUUCCAGAUGGAGGGCAUCUUUCAGGAGCAGGCCGUGAAGAACCUCCAGGAGCAGGCAGAGUCCCUGAAGAACCUCCAGCAGCCCCAAAACGGAGACCAGCUGCACCUGAACAUUGACGAACACGUGCCUGUAGUCUUGGGCUUCACGCCGCAGGACUACAUCCAGUACACUAUGCCUUUAGAGGAGGGAAUGUACCCAGAGGGGUCCCACUCUGUCUCUCACUCCUUCUGCCUGGACGGGUCCCUGCCUAUGGAGGUGGUGACUGAAGCGGACAGUAGCUCUCUCCACGCUGAUCAGCAGAGUCAGGAAGACCAGGAUCUGGUGAGUAUGAACCUGAACCUGCCAGUGGACCUUUUCAUGGAGUCUGUGAACGGCCUCCUCAUCGGCUCUAACGGCGUCAUGCUCCAGAGCUCCAGGGACAGGGUCGAUGCCCAACACCCCCCUCCUCUGCCCCUGCUACCCAGCAACGAGAUCCCUAGGACUUGCUCUGGGUUCAGUGUUGCGUACAGCCACGUGGCGGAGCGGGUGAGGCACCACUUAAACUUUGACCCCAACUCGGCUCCGGGUAUGAGCCUGGUGUAUGACUCAGUCCAGAGCAGCGGACCCAUGGUUGUGACCAGCCUGACCGAGGAGCUGAAGAAGCUAGCCAGGCAGGGUUGGUACUGGGGGCCCAUCACACGCUGGGAGGCUGAGGAGAAGCUGGUCAACCUGCCCGAUGGCUCGUUCCUGGUCAGGGACAGCUCGGAUGACAGGUACCUCCUCAGCCUUAGUUUCCGCUCCCAGACCAAGACCCUCCACACCCGCAUCGAACACUCCAACGGACGCUUCAGCUUCUACGAGCAGCCCGACGUGGAGGGACACACGUCCAUCGUAGACCUGAUAGAAUACUCCAUCAAAGAUUCAGAGAAUGGAGCCUUCUGUUAUUCUAGAUCUCGCUUACCAGGGUCCGCCACCUACCCCGUCAGGCUGACCAAUCCCGUGUCUCGUUUUAUGCAAGUGCGCUCCCUGCAGUACCUGUGUCGGUUUGUGAUCAGACAGUACACCAGGAUUGACCUGAUUCAGAACCUGCCUUUGCCCAACAAGAUGAAAGACUACCUGCAGGAGAAGCACUACUGACAGGGUUGACACUGACAGAUGGGACAGACAAUGGUAGCAACUUGCACUUUUGGGUUCAGUUUAAGAGAUUUAACAAAGGUUUACAGACAUCCAUCGUUUAGACAAGAUCGAUUGGGUUACAUUGGCUCUUUGUUUUUGCCCAGGGACGUGUCCAAAAUGGAACCCUAUGCCGUAUGUUGCGCAGUACUUCUGCCAAAAACACUGGCUAUAAGUAGUGCAAUAAAUUGGUAAUGGUGAGCCAGUUCAGAUUUGCCCAAGGUGAUGUUUCUCAGUGUCCAGUCCCCAAUUCCACAGUUAAAGGGUUAAGUCGUUGUCGCUCAGACUCAGUUUCUGGCCAAACCUCCAGAGAUCUAUCAUAGAAUAUUGUAUACGAGUCUGUCACAGAAGUACAAAGCAUGAUUUAAGAAAACAUACUUUAUCAACAGUGAGAUAUGGAGUUAUUUCUCUCUCCAGUUGCUGUAGAAGACUGGAAACUCUAGAAUGGCAAGUUCAGCCGUCUGAAUAACAUCAAUAUUUUGCCUGCCUUCUGGCUCAAAUUUACAGAUUUAAAAUAAGGUUUCACUUAACUGGCUUAGGUUUGACAUCUUAAAAGGCUGCAGUGAAUUAAAUGAAAGACGCUUCAUUUUGACGCUUCAUUUAAACAUUUACUUGAAAGAUAUCCAACAACAACGCAGUGGGGCAUAUCUUCGGUGUCUUAAACUGAAGUAGAAGCACUGCAGUAAUGCAAUGCAGAGGCCAAAAGUAUUUUUAAGCAAUGUUUUUGUUGAAUUCACCCUGUGAAAUUAAGAGGACCUUUUUUAUUUGCCAUCCGUCAAGUUGGUUAAUGACAACUGCUAGGGCUAAUAAGAAACGUAAGCUUUGUGUGGGUGCAUGUAGCCUGGACUAUUUAAUCCCGCCCACUGUAAAAGGUACUGUUAGGAUUAGUGAUGCACCGAUAUGACAUUUUUGGCCGAUACCGAUAUCUGAUAUUUUCCUUACCAAAAAAACAUUGAUACCGAUAUUUCACAUUUUUGUAGCCUUUUUAAGCAUUCUAGAACAGUUAAAUAGUUAACACACACACACACACACACAUGGGCGCAGCUAAGGCACUACAUCUCAGUGCAAGAGGCGUCACUACAAUUUUGUUGGUAUUUACGUAUGUCCCCAUUACCAGUAAAACAUAAUCAAAACCUAUUUCUUUCUCUUACUUGAUGUGCUGUUUCGUUGUUCAUUUGUUCAUUCCUUUCAUUCUCAACCAGGAUUUCUAUGGAACGCUAUUUGGGCCUUUGCAUGUCAAAAAUAUACUAUUUGAUGUCAAAUAACACUAUUUGAUGUGUCAAAUUAGCUUGUUGACCAAUCAGGACCUGAAUAUGACUGCACGUCACAGUAAUUUAACGCGUUCAUACAUUUUCUACGUAGGUAUUACACAUUGUUACACUAUCACUCGUAUUUCAUGUCACAACGAUUCAUUGAUAUGUAUGCUAUGAUGCUGGUAAAGUUGAUUCGCGCACCUACAGUGCUGGUCAUAAAAAAACGCUAGCUAUCUCAUGGAUGCAAACAAUGUUCUUCCCCAAAAACAUAGCAAAACGACAUCUGGUUCAGUAGCUAUAGUUAGUUAGCUAUCUAUAUAGGUAGGUGUCAUCUAAAAUAACCCUAUUUGAUUAAUGAUGGUCGGACCCAUCUAUGUGAAGCUAGCCACAAUAAAGAUUAGUCACAAUAGUUGACUUUGCGGUUAGCCUUCAGAAUAAUAGUAUGGAAUAAUUCUACUAUUUCUAUUCAUUUGCAUCACUGUCAAUGACAUACUUUUAUUUUGAAGGCAAACCGCAAAUUCCACUUGUGCAUAAUCCUUAUUGUGGCUAGCUUCACAACACAUAACCCAGUCCAGUCGAGCUUCACUAGCCAGAUGAAGCUAGCUGGCUGCUUAUAACGUUAGCUUUGGGCAACAGGCUUAAGUAGCUAUUUAUUUUCAGGAACUGAGGUUCAAUUUCAAUAGGCGAACAACAAGUGGCAACCUAGCUAAUACUUACAAGGAUUCCUAAAUCAUUGCUAAGAAUAAUGAGAAUGACUGCAGUUUCUACUUGUCAUUGUUUUCAGCCUGGUUGUAUUGGUGCUAGCUAGGUACCAAGCUAAAGCUAGCUACCCCAGAAGUUGCGGUCGAACAAAUGAGGCUUUAUUACCAACGCGGUAUUGUAAACACAUCGUUCGUGGCUGGUGUUUGCUGACUUUUUUGUACAGCUUUCACAGUGCUACUUGUAUAUCUUUUGACAUGCAAAGACCCAAACGGCGUUCCAUAGUAUGUAUGUCUUGAAGGUAAUAGCAGUGACGCUAUUACUGUGUAACUCCAGUAGGGCAACAUCGGAGAAAUAGAGCACUUGGUAGUGUUAACUGGUGCUCGACCAGUCGGCGAAAGCCAACAUUACCCACGAUAGAGAACGGAUUUCGCUUUUGAGUUGUCUCCCUGAAAUUGUGUUACUCUUUCAAAUGACUGCUUGACUUGUUGACUGCUUGACUUGUUGACUGCUUGACUUGUUGAUCCACACAGCAGACAUUCUGGGCUAGUUUAGGAACACUGUUGCACGUAUAGCGCAAAAAAUGUACGUGGAGUCAUUAUGUCAUGUACCUUCGUUAUGUAGGUAUGCACGUUAGCUUUGACAUUGGUUUUGCAUAUCGGGCGUUAAACUAGACAUCGGUCGAUACCGAUGUUGGCAUUUUUAGCUAAUAUCGUCCGAUUCCGAUAUGUUCACCGAUAUAUCGUGCAUCCCUAGUUAGGAUAGAUAAAUGCUAGUUUAUAUGUCGCCAUGCACUUCUACUUAAAAUUUAUGCAGCAGUAUGAUAGCUUUUUAAAUGCAAAUACCGGUAAGUAAUGAAUAAUUAACCUGAAGAUAAACAUUUGAAUGCUUCCCUAUUAGGAGUCUGUCACAAAAGCUGCGCUAGGACAAAUUAACGUGUCAUGUUCCGUACAAUAUGCUUGCCUCUGCGUGCAGGACCUACUUUUGACCUGUUAAAUACAGUAGACUGUAGAGACUUGGACCUUAUCACAGUGCACAGGAGAGGGAAGUAUAAUUACAAGUAAAAAGGGAAAGUCACAAAUACAUAGUUGUUUUUACAGCAUUUAUCAGUAAGCAAAUUGAGGAAACACAAGACUUCUCUUAGUUUUGCCCAGCUGACCCAUUUAUUUUUUAUAGAAAGUGGCUAAAUGCUGUUCUGGAGCCUUUUUGUGUCAACAUAUGAGCUGGACCCUGGUGAAAGGAAUAAGCUUAGGCUGAGGGAUUUUGGGAAAUGCCAGAAUAGAUUAAUAUUGGAGCCCCUUCCUCAUAUUUGGGAGGGAGCCAGGUCAGAGGUACGUGACAGAAAUCCCAACUCUGUAAUGGCACAAUAAUGUCCUGCUCGAUAGAGAAUGAGAUCGAGGCUUUUGUGUGUGGUUUGCCCAAUGAUUUGCAUGAGUGAUGUCACUGAUUGCCAUGCUGUCUGUCUCGCACUCAUGGCAGGUUUGCAGUUUGACAUUUAAAAACGUAUCCCGUGUCAUGCUUAUUGUCAAUGCCCCCUCCACAGAACAAUGUUAACUUACAUAUUCACAGUCUUGCCAGGCUGUUUGUAUUGGAACAAAGGGAAAAAGCACACAUUAUACUACACAAGUGCUCUAUAACAUAUACUUUGACAUGGGAGUCACAGUUUUACAUAUGUUAAAGUGUCUUUUUUGACAUCCGUGUCCUUAAAGUAUUUGGAAAAUGAUCUCAGACUUCUUUGGUAGUCACUUGUGUAUUGUCUAUGCCUAGUUAGUAAAUAUCGGUUGGUAUCUAAGGUGCUUACCAUUACACCUGGACACCCAUAUGUUAGAUUGGAUCACUGGAUGGUUUUUGCAUGUUUAAAAAAGUGUUCCAUAAAGACUUAUUGGCAUUUUAUUGCUUUGAAAUGGAUGCUUUGAAAUGGAUUAAGGAUGUAGGUAAUGUGUCAGUUGUGUGUGGAGGGAUUGUUGUACUCAGUUACCACUAUCAUCAGCUGGAUGAUCUGUGUUUUCUUCAUUCAUUUUCUGUGACUUAUCAACUUUUGUCAUUUUGGGAACUAGUAGGGAUACUUAUUGUUUCUAACAGUCUGUGCCACAUACUAAGAGGUUACACCAGGGUAAUGGCUGUAUGCUUGUUUUAGCAAGGCAACAUCAUUUGAACCAUCUACACUUGCUCAAAGACAAAGCCAUAUUUUUUUGCAUGGUUUUCACCAUACUAAGACAAUACAUACUGUUCACGGGUAACUCUCAAUUGUUUCCCCUAACUAAUGUCGUCACUCGAAAAAUGUCACAAGAGCGCAUGAAUUGAACUCAUCAGUUGUGUUGUUGUCUAUGUGUUACAAAGGGUGAGACACCAGCGUCAUAUCGAAGAAUAUUGCUAGGUUAUGGAGGAAUGAAGACGACUAGAAUGUGUCAAAUUGAAGCAAACUUAAAUGUGAAAUGAAGAUGUUAAUUGUUUACUACAAUGUACUUAUAAUGAUUUUAUUUCUGUUUUUGUCUGCCAUUAUUGUAGCAGAUCCAGAAAAACAGGUCCCCAAUUGGAUAAACACUCACAGAUGUUAUGGGUGUUUCUCUGCUGUGAUCUUCUCUAGUACUUCAGCAUCCUGGGAUUUAUUUUGUUCGUUAUUGCCUUCUUAUGGGUGAUUGUUAGAGGUUGACGCUUGUUUAAACUGCUGAAGUAUUUUGAAUUCGUUAUCAAGCUUCACCCAUUUUAUAUUUGUUGAUGUUGCGAAUCUCUUCAAAUGAAGGUGAUUGUUUACAAUGAUAUAUUUGGUAAAUACCAGUUUUAUCCCCUCCUAUCACAAACCUCUUUGGUACAAUUCAAAAACCCUUAUUUCUUUAAUGUGUUAUACACAUUUGUGCUGCUUCAUGAAUAUGAAUGCCUUGUAUUAAGCUAUGGGGAAAUAGAAUGUUGCCAUUUAAAUGUAUGUACACAUAAUGACUGGUUAUCAUUUUGGGAGAACAAAGUAGAUUUGUAAACAACUAUAGUCUGUUAAAACAAUUUGUCGCUAUUAGUAAAUACUCACCAGAAAAAAAGACAUCACUUCAGUUUACAUUUUGUUAAUUGUCAAAUUUUCCAAACAUACAUUUUUUUUACUCUUGUAUUUUUUUCUUUUGUGGAAAAAAAAUCAAUAGAUGAAUUGCACAUUUUGGAUACAGUUCAAGAAGUUUUUGUAUCUGCCGAUUUAUAACUUGUAAAUAAAAACUAUAUUCCAAA